CUUCAAUUAUUUACCCCUACUUGCACAGUAUUAAUACAAUUAAUAUACAAUUAAUUAAAGAAAAUUGUCAAAAAGACUUUAUAUCGCUAGCAAAGAUGAAUAAUUUCAUAAUGUUACUUUUCUUCCUUACAUGGGCUAAAGCUCAAAACACAAAGGACGUUUUCUUCUCCAAGUCAGUCGUCUGUGAAGGAGAUCCAGUUACAAUUAUUUGUGGUACAAGACACUUUUACACUCCGUCUGCCACCCUAUUGUGUACUAAAGCUAUUUCACUUAAAAAGCUUAAUGAAAAAUCAGGAGAAUUCAUCUUACUGGUGGAAUAUUCUAAUAGAAAAAUAUUUAAUACUUUUAUUGAUGUUGAUAAUGACUGGGAUAUUAAAAUGUAUGGAAUGCCAGGAGGCUCUGACAUUAAUCUUUGUAAUACACCUGGCAUAAUAGAUGCUAAAAUUACCGUCAAAAUUGCAAAAGUCAGGCUUGAAGACGGUGGAAUAUAUUUAUGUAAUUUGAAACUCGAGUCUAGAGAAGACCAGAAUGUUUCAACAAAUCUCAUAGUAAAUCGUAAUCAUAGUGACUCUCAAUGUGCUACUAAAGACAUUACUGAAAAGACUCAAAACACAAGGGAGUUAUUCCUUUCCAAAUCAGUCGCCUGUGAAGGAGACCCAGUUACAAUCAUUUGUGGUACAAGACACUUUGAGAAUUCGACUGCCACCCUAUUAUGCCCCAGAGUUAUUUCACUUAAUAAGUUUGAUAAAAAAUCAGGACAAUUCAUCUUCCUGAUGGAAUAUAGAAAUGAAAAAACUUUUGAAAAAUUUGUUGAUGUUGAUAAUGACUGGGAUAUUAAAAUGUAUGGAAUGCCAGGAGGCUAUGACAUUAACCUUUGUAAUACACCUGGCAUAAUAGAUGCUAAAAUUACCGUCAAAAUUGCAAAAGUCAGGCUUGAAGACGGUGGGAUGUAUUUAUGUAAUUUGAAACUCCAGUCUAGAGAAGACCAGAAUGUUUCAACAAAUCUCGUAGUAAAACGUAAUUCUAGUGACCCUCAAUGUGCUACUAAAGACAUUACUGGAAAGCCUCUAACGAGUGAAGCCAAAAAGAAAAUGACGACAUCUGUUGAAUUCGACGUAAUAUCACCAGACGAAGAGAAUAGUGACUUAAAAGGUUUAACGCCUAAAAGUAGAAAGGAAAAAACGACAGCAUGUAAGGAAGUUAAAGACAAGUUGAGUAACGUCAUUACCACAGCAGGGACUUCAACAACUUCAGGAGCGGCAAAUGUUGACCUGGAACCUAGAUCUUUAAAUGUUUUUAUCAGCACUCUCCAUUUAAUAAUUUUAAAUCAAUGUUUUCUUUACUUGAUGGACCUAGAACAUAUCUUCAAAUAUAACUUCAUGUUACCAGUAAAUAAUACUUAGCACUUUUAUAGGAACAAAAUCAGAUCCUAAAUAAUAAGAGAGAAAAAACAAAAAAAAAAAAAAGAAAAAGAAAUGAAAAACUUCAGUAGGUAAGAAGAAUUCUCGUCAUAGGCAAUUAGGCAAGUUAAAAAAAAAACAGCAUUGUUAAAAAUAAAGUUAUUCUCUGACCCAUAUUACGGCAUACUGUCUCCCAAAAAAAUGUUUAAAACAUGUUUUUUUUUAGAGAUAUGUUUCAAACAAACUAAUUUUCUAAAAUUCUUAAAUAUUACAAAGAGUUUUAUUUUGUGUUAUCACACAAACUCUGAAGCGCAAUCAAAUUCACAAAUGUGCAACGAAUAUUCAAGCUUAUUUUUAUCAUUCAAGUAAAAAAAUAUAGUUUGGUGUUAUUGUUUUUACUUAAAAGCAAAUAGGACAUUGCAUCAUCAAUAAUAAGACUUCUCUAACUCUUCUAGCAAAAGGAUUUGAAUAAGAGCUCCUUUGAAAGCAGAUCUGCGUUAACUGAUGUCUGAAGCGCAAUCAAAUUCACAAAUGUGCAACGAAUAUUCAAGCUUAUUUUUAUCAUUCAAGUAAAAAAAUAUAGUUUGGUGUUAUUGUUUUUACUUAAAAGCAAAUAGGACAUUGCAUCAUCAAUAAUAAGACUUCUCUAACUCUUCUAGCAAAAGGAUUUGAAUAAGAGCUCCUUUGAAAGCAGAUCUGCGUUAACUGAUGUCCUUAAAACAGCACGUAAGCCUCCCAGAUACGUACCUCCCAACAAUGUCACUUAUGUCACUUUAGAUUUGGAAUAGAGACAAUAGAACACACUCUGUAUGAAUGCCAAGUUCUGCAUUAAAGACGAUAGGGACAAUGAUUUGAUAGAGAGAGAACUGGUACAUAUGCGGGCUGUCCUUGUACGGGAACAAUGUGAUAUUAAAACUCACUGCUCGCUUCCUUUCACGUGCUCUAAGGGAGUAAUUCUCAGCAUGGUUCGCUAGCAAUGGGGUUUCUGAUUCGGAGUAGUCUACAGCGCAAUAAGCAGUACAGUGUUUAUUUUUACCUGCGUUAAGGGAGAAAAGUUAAGAAGCAUGAUAACGUGGUCGCAAAUGUGAUGGAGCAGAAAUAAGAUGGGGUCUGGUGGUACAACUGGACUUAAAAAGGGAAGAUAAUUAAAGUGAAAUGUGUAGAGACGCUACUAUGGUUUGGAAACUACUUCUUCGCGCUCAAGGAGAGAGUUACAAAGAAUACUAUUAACUGACCUCUUUGCUGUCUGUGUGUAUAAAGACCUUUUUGAGUUCCUGUGAUUGAAGAUAAACUGAAAUUGAAGUGAACUGUUUUGAAAACUUUACCCUUUUUUUUUACUAUGUGUUUUUUGUUGUUGUUUUUCUUUGAUCUAGUGACCAGCAGGAAACACUUUGAAUCCAUUGGAUCUAGUCACAAGUUUAUAGAAACGUUGUUUUUUUUUAACAAAUGGAACUACUUUUUUCUUUUCUUUAACAAAUGGAACUACUUUUUUCUUUUUUUAACAAAUGGAACUACUUUUUUCUUUUUUGUAACAAAUGGUACUACUUUUUUAUUUUCUUUAACAAAUGUUAAUACUUUUUUUAUUUUCUUUAACAAAUGGUACUACUUUUUUCUUUUCUUUAACAAAUGAAACUACUUUUUUCUUUUCUUUAACAAAUUGUACUACUUUUUUCUUUUCUUUAACAAAUGGUACUACUUUUUUCUUUUCUUUAACAAAUGGUACUACUUUUUCUUUUCUUUAACAAAUGGAACUACUUUUUUCUUUUCUUUAACAAAUGGUACUACUUUUUUCUUUUCUUUAACAAAUGGUACUACUUUUUUCUUUUCUUUAACAAAUGGAACUACUUUUUUCUUUUCUUUAACAAAUGGUACUACUUUUUCUUUUCUUUAACAAAUGGAACUACUUUUUUCUUUUCUUUAACAAAUGGUACUACUUUUUGUCUUGUGUUACCAUUGAUUCAUUCUUAGUUUAAAAUAUGGGCAAAAAAUAUAAGAACAGCACUGCAACAGAGCAGAUGGUUUGCAGUUAUUUUUUCCUCCAAAGAUACAAACUUUGUUAACCCACUACAUUUUGUCAUUUAAAAAAGUGUCAAAAGUUUGUUACCCCUCUAUAAUUGAUCAGAUUACAGAGUAUUGUCAGCAGUAGGUUACCCCACUGUAUUUGUUAACACACACGAAACAUAACAUUCCAACAUUCACUCCCUUGGUCGAGAGGAAUCAUUCCAGAUACUCAUAUAUCCACAAUGUGCGUCCGUGGUAAACACUUACAUCUUUAACAGAAAAAUGAUUAUCAACAUUUGUCACUGUCAACAUUAACGUUACUAUCAAAGAAUACAUACAUAGUGAAGAAACAAGGUAGCUUAUGUUUGUAGGUAUGAUGGCUCGAAUUGGAGGGGGGGCAGUUCUUUUCUUUAAUAUUUUAACAACGACUUUGAGAAAUGGGUGGUAGCUUGCACCCCCCUGCAAAACAUUCUGCUUGCACCCAUGGUUAGAUCCAGAUAUAGAUGUGUACUUAAAAGAUUUUUUGAAACUAUUAAUAAAGGCAGUUAAACUGAAAAUUCA